AUGACCGAGACUUGGGAUAUGCAAAGGUGUAUCAACAUAGUUAAACGUGAUAGGGUUGGGGACGCUCAAAAUAUACUAAGCACUGUGUCUGGAGAGAGAUGGGUUGAGACAGAUAACACAAGCAAAGGUCUGCUUUGGACGGAACAUACAAUUGAACCAAAAUGCAGACAUGAAAUUGAUCGAGGGGUUUUCCUCCAGCUAUCUAUGUCCAUAGCUGCCAACGAUUACUCUUGA